AUGUCGAACCAGGGAUAUCGAUCUCAAUCUCCGACGAGCACUCUGCGCCACAAGCGUCAAUCCAGGUCGAUUUGCCUCCCGGCCUGCUUCUCCAGCAUGAGCACUCACCCCUUCGAUGUUCUCCAGAGCGAGGGCGACCACUGCAACAACUGCAGCAGGUCUCGGUCGCCGUUGCCGGAGAUCAAAGACCGGUGCUUGAACCUCAUCUCAAGGAUCAGCGGUGGAGCAAGGCCCGGAAGAGGACGGCGCCGCUACGGCUCCGCCGACUUCAGCUACGAUCCCUCCAGCUACGCCCUCAACUUCGAAGACGACACUAGCCGCGCCGACGAUCAGCUCCUCUUCCACGGCUUCUCCGCUCGGCUUUCGGCCUCGUCCAUCCCUACGACGUCGCACGAGAAAAAGACCAGCCCCAACCAGCUCGACGAAAUUCUGGAGAACGAGGAGUGCUUUGUCGCGACGGCGGAGAGCAAGGGGACGACGAGCCAAGCAAACGGCGUCGCUUCAAGGAGGCGGGGGAGGAGCCGGCACUCGUCGACUUCGGUCGACUUCAGCUACGAGCCGUCGAGCUACGCGAUGAAUUUCGAGGACGAUGUGAACCGAGACGACGAGCUUAUCUCUCUGAGGAAGUUUGGCGGACUGCUGGCCCAGCCAUCGCCGUCGAAGAUGGCGGCGGCGGCGGGGGCUCCUCCGCCUGCCAAGUGUUCGACUUUGCGUCCGGAGAUUGCUGCGUUUAGUUGA